AUCAAUAGACUAGUUUAUUUAUUUGCUAUCAGUAAAUGUGUUCCGUAUAAUCGGCAAUCCGGGAUCUUGGCUGUUCAGACUCCAGACGCGAUGAGGUUUAACAACUACAGCCCAAUAGUAUCCAAAUUCCAAUACUCAGCCCAAUUAUUUCAGCCGUAGCAGCAAGCAGCACCACCUCGAGCGACCCUGAGUGGAAGAAUCGCGGCUCUUAUAAUCUAAAGCCAUUCGUCUUAUUUUUUAUUUUAUUACUUCUCCCUCUCCUUCUCUUUCCUAAAUCCUAAAAAAUAAACUCCAAAUUUGUUGUACAAAAAGACAGACUUUUAUUGCAUGGAAUGGGGGAAGAGAAGUCAAAGAAGACACCACUGGACCUGGACUCAAACUGGGACGUGAUCAUGGGCAGAGACGACGGCGAACCACCGCCAUUAGUGAUCGUGAAAAACACGCCACAACUGCAACCACAGCCCACGCUGAGCCAAAGAGAGGACUUUGCUUCAAUCUCCGAUAAGAAGCUGGAGGAACAAAUUGAGAGAAACAAAAUUCAUGUUGUGAAGUUAGGCCGUACAUUGCCUGACAAAGGAGAGAAGCUUCAAUUUACUAUUAAGGCCAUGGAAGAAGAGCUUGAUCAAAGAAAACAUCGUCGCCCUGCCCAAAUGGAUGUUGCUGAAUGUGCGAAGCACAGAAACUCAACAGCUUCAAAUGGGUUUGGACACAAGGAUGCAUCAUCUCAAGUAAAAAAUUCAAAAUCCCAAUUUUCCACUAUUUUUAGUAGAAAGAUGGAAGAAAAUACAGAUUGUAGGGUAGGUAAUGCUUUCGAUAAAGAAUUGACGACCUUGGGUCACUGUAAUCGCCAAAAUAUGAGAAGUAAUGGAAGGUCAUGGAAAAAGAGAAAACAGAACAUACAGUCAUCAUCAAGACAGUUGCCUUUUCAAUGUGCUACCAGCGUCUUUCUUAAUGGAGAAAGACGUGGACCUGCUAAUGGUGAUCAAAAGGGUAAAGCUUCUUCUGCUCAUCUUUUACACCACAACAGCGAAAAUUUCUCCACCAAUUCCUCCAAGAAGAAGGAUGAUUGCCGAGUCCUGCCUUCAAAUGGUUCAAGGCCUAGGAAGGAUCCGACAGUUGUUGUCCUAGACGAAGAUGAACCUCAGCUAGGGACAACAGAGCUAGCAAAAGAAUUGGCUGAACACAUGAAGGAUGCUAAGAUCUCUUAUCCAUCAAGAGAUGAUCCAGCAUCUGUUGAAAUUGCUUACAAGGAUAUGGAUUGCCUCGCCCCUGAAGCUUUUUUGACAUCUCCUAUUAUGAACUUUUACAUCAGAUAUAUACGUCUGCAAGCAUCUCCAGCAAAUAAGGCGACAUGUGAUUAUCACUUUUUUAACACAUUCUUUUACAAGAAGCUGGAACAGGCCAUAUCAUAUAAGGGGAGUGACAAGGAAUCAUUUUUUGUCAAGUUCAGAAGGUGGUGGAAAGGUGUCAAUAUAUUUGAAAAGGCUUACAUACUUAUUCCCAUACACGAUGAUCUUCAUUGGAGCUUGGUGAUUAUAUGUUUCCCGGAUAAGAAAGAUGAAUCAGGACCAAUUAUUCUUCAUUUAGAUUCAUUGGGAUUUCAUCGUAGCAGUACAGUAUUUUCUAACAUUAAAAGUUAUUUGAAAGAAGAAUGGAGGUAUAUGAAUCAAGAAGUUGUUCCUACAGAUUUUCCAAUUCCAGAUAGAAUAUGGAAACAUCUAGAUCGUAGAAUUGAGGACAAAAUCAUUGCGGUGCCCCAGCAGAAAAAUGACUAUGAUUGUGGCCUCUUUGUACUUUUCUUCAUGGAGCGCUUCAUUCAAGAGGCUCCUGAGAGGCUGAAAAAGAGAGAUCUGGCAAUGUUUGGCAAGAAGUGGUUCAGACCUGAAGAAGCCUCUGAUUUAAGAAAGAAAAUCAGGACUAUACUUAUGGAUGAGUUCCAAAAUGCGUUUAAGAGCGGUCAUAUUUCAGAAUCUUCUUCAUCUUCAGGUGGGGAUCCUCCCUAAAUUUGGGGUUCAUAUGAUGCUGUUUUUCAAGAUUGGGUGGUUUAUCCACCCAUGGUUUGCUUUUUGAAUGCUACAUUACGCAUGCAAAAGAUGUUCGUGUAUAGCCGGGGUAAUUUGGUUCAAAGAAAGUGAAAUAGGUAACGUGUCUUGGUUGUUUACCACUGAUCAGUUACCAGUUUGUAUCCCUGUUUAAUUGAUUUACCAAAUGUACAGAAGGAGAAGGGAUUUGAAUGGUGCUGCCUUCUUUUUGAUGGUGGUGCAGUGUCCGCCUAACAUCCUUUGCGGCUCUUUUUGUUUUGUUUGCCUUUUUAGACUUGUAAUUAGUUAAACGCCACUGGAUGCCAAUGCAUUGCCUUGCAUGCAAACAAUAUGAAAUUAGAAAAGAAUACAAUGAUAUGGGCUUUUGAGCUUGAUGGAAAUGCAGGUUUUAGUUUCAAUGCGCAA